AUGUCAGCCAGCAAUAUUACAAGCUCGUGGCAAGAAUCACCUUUUCAAGGCCAAAUGUCUAACAUGCUUGAAGACCAAGAAUGGGUUACUCCUGGCACGACAUACACUCCAAGCUCCAAUCCAUAUGUCUCAAACUCACACGCAAACCAAGCCAUGCUCACCCCAAUCAGCCUCUCCGACGGUGUUAUUCUUGACCCCCGACACAGUCCAUGCCCCCAGCAUCAUCAAGGUCCACGAUACCCACCCAUGGGAGCUGGCGGGAUUCAACAUGGGCUCGGAAUCACUGGAACAUCUGCACUGAGCUAUGUGCAACCCAGCAUGCCUUCAUAUAAUCCAUUUCAUAGAUCUAUGAUGGAGCAUGAGUCAACCGACUAUGAAAGGGAAAGAGCACAUAUGAGGACCUCAAGAGCGCCAUCACACACCCCGGCGCACACACCUGUUCUUAUGAGGCCCACACCAGUCACCAUUGCCCCCAACCCAGCGGGACUCCGGCAGUUGGAACAGGAGAGACAGAGCUGUCAGGAGGAGCAGCAGCCCCAGCGCAACCCUAAACGACGUCGACGUGCUCGAAGAAGAUCAACUCAGUUAGAAGAAGAGACAGAUUAUGCCAUAGACCUUAGGAAGGAUGGCCAUGCAUGGAAGGAGGUCGUGUCCCGAGUAAACUAUCGUUACAACUCCAGUUACACUGCCUCGCGCCUUCAAAUGCGAAUAACUCGUCGAUAUCAACGUGCGCUGAAAGGGUGGUCUGAGGAUGAUAUUCGAGCCCUUCAGAAUGCUCAUACGUAUUGGGAGACUGAAAAGUUCGAGAUCAUAUCACAGAAGAUACAAGACUUUGGCGCUACAAAGAGGUGGACUCCUUCUCAAUGUGAGCAAAAAUGGGAAUUACUUCAAACACAUAGUCGGGCUCUAGUGACUAGCCCGAGAGAUACGGAGGAGCAAGAAUCAGAAGCAGAACAAGAAUCAGAGGCCGAAGACGAUGACGAAGAACAUUACUCGAAACGUUCUCGAACUCAAUAA